AUGGCGCCCAAGAUUGCUAUCGUGUUCUAUUCCAUGUAUGGACACAUACAGAAGCUCGCAGAGGCCGAAAAGGCAGGCAUCGAACAAGCCGGCGGCCAGGUCGACCUGUACCAGAUCCCCGAGACCCUUCCCGACGGCAUCCUGGGCAUGAUGCACGCUCCCCCCAAGCCGAGCGACAUUCCUGUUCUCGAAGACCCGCAAACCCUCGCUGCCUACGACGGGUUCCUGCUCGGAAUCCCGACCCGCUACGGCAACAUGCCUACACAGUGGAAGGCAUUUUGGGAUAGAACCAGUGGCGUCUGGACCUCUGGCGGCUUCCACGGAAAGUACGCCGGCAUCUUCGUGUCGACCGGUACACUGGGUGGCGGGCAGGAGUCGACCAACCUUUCUGCCAUGUCCACCUUGAGCCACCAUGGAAUCAUCUACGUCCCGCUGGGAUACGCCAAGUCUUUCGGACAGCUGACCAACAUGGGCGAGAUUCACGGCGGCAGCCCUUGGGGCGCGGGUACCUUUGCUGGCCCCGACGGCUCGCGUCAGCCGACUGCUCUUGAGACGGAAAUUGCCACGAUACAAGGAAAGACUUUCUACGAGACUGUUGCCAAGGCUUGCGCCUAA